UGUGUGGCCCUUGCAAUGAAUUUUCUAGCUCAGCAGAGAAGUAGAGUGCCGUGGGAAGGAUGGUUAGUGUUAGAAUUGGUAAAGAUGGUGGAGAGAGGAGGCAUAUCUCAUCUCCACCCCAUAGGAAUCAGUCAUGGGCAGUUGAUCUUGAUUCUUAUUCCCUCUUGUGAAGUUAAAGGUGGUCAGACAAUACCCCUGUCAUGCCAAUUUUACAGUUGGUGUCAGGAGUGGGAUUUGUUGCAAUGGCUCCAAACUCAGAAGCAUGGGAUUUUGUAAGAGAAAAAAGGAAGGGGUGUGGGAAGUGAAACUUUUGAUUCGUAGGUGGUUACUUUGGUUGUUGUUACCUGUAAUGGCUGAAAGGAAAGUUAUGAUGCAGCUGAGGGGAGAAAAGCUACAUCUGGAGUGGCUCUGGCAAAAGCCAGGCCAGAUAAGCAAGAUGAUUGAUAGGGAGACAAGGUCUUCUGGUUCCACCGAGCCAGAGGCCCAAGGCCAUAUGAAUAUGAAUGGAAAGAUAGUCAAGGGGUGGAGAAGAUGAAACUGGAAUGUUGUAAAAAGUGUUCUGUGUUUAGUAUUAUGUGUUUAUUUGAAUGUACUAUGAAUAUUGAAUGUUUCUCCUCCCUAGUGUUGUAAAGCAGGCCUCAAUGUAUGAUAGAAAUGAAUAUUGGGUAUUAUAGAUUACAGAGAGUGUGUAACUCCACCUUCAGCCAAUACUUGCUUGGAUAUGUUAAAAGGAGAACUAGGAUUUGCCCAAAGAAACACAAGCUUUUUUUUUCCAAGUCAGUAGCCCUGUGUAUAGGGUGGGUGCUUAGGUUGAAAACCUGAGCUCUGCCCAGAUUUGCAUUUGAAAAGACAUGCACACCUACCCAGAUCCACUGAGAGAACAGGAGAUUUGCAUUUAAAGGAAGGACCUCCAGAAAAAAAUACUUUCUCUUUUUCAAUUUCAAGCAAGCAGGUGGUUUGCCUUUGGGUGCAUUGAGGCAGGAAAAAUCAGUGCCUAUUAGAACCCCCUUCCAGGACUGGAAGUUAAAGGGUACCAGUGAGUAGACAGUUUGGUAUGCUUGCUUAUGGUGACCGCCUGGGUCCAUUCAUGAGUGGAAGCGGGGGGAGUGAAACAAUGAAGAAACAGGCUGAAUUUGGACAUGUUCCACUGGAACACGUUGACCCAGCCACAGGGGCUAGGGAUGAGAGAGAGAGAAGGGGCUACCCAUUGUGACUUGGCUUGGAUGGCUAGGGAUGAGCUGACCAGAACCCAGCUGAAUGAAGAGAAAGAUGUUUGACACCAUGAACUGGUGUAGACUGCUGCAAUUUGAUGGCUUGCUCUGGACUGGACUUUGCUUAUGGAUGCGGACACUCAAAGUUCCAAAUGGAACAGAAGAUUCUUCAAGACCAAGGAGAAGAUGCUGUCUCCUCAGUACUAGUUUGAUAGGAAUGGGCAAUUUAAACAUUGGCUAUCUAAAUUGAGGGGAAAUAAAGGCAUGAAGUGGCUGGCUCACACACUUUUGUGAGUGUGCUCACACUCAACAUGAGAGGGACAAGGGAGGAUCCCCACUGAAUAGAUUCCUCUUUUCCUGAUGGGUCUAGGGAAGAGAGGGUGGGGGAAGAUGCUGAUAGGAUUAUAUGAUUCAGUUGGAGUGUUGAUCGUUAACAGAUUAAUUGUGAUUGUAAAACCCGUAAUUGUAGAAGCUGUAAGUGUGAAAGAGUGGACUGAGGGGGAGGCACUGCUAGACUCCAGUACAGUGGCUGAGCCUAAAACUCCUUAAAGGUUUUGCUAUGCUGAUACUUCAUGAGGCUCAGAUCAAGGGAAUAAUCUUCUCUCAGUGAAAUUUUAUCAGACGCCAGGAAGGGUGAAGCCAAGAUGACUUUUGGAGAACCUGACCAGAUCAGAUGGACACCUGCAGCAGGCUGAAUGUCUGGUACCUGAGUAACCUCACCCUGAGGACUCUUUGCCCUACUGAAGGACUAAUUGUUGAUGACUGUUUUGGACUCACAAAAUGAUUGGGAGGGGGAAGUUGUCCUCUAAGUAUAAAAGAACUAUGGCUAGAAAAGUCAGGGGGUGGCCUGCGGUGCCAUGGAUCACGUUUAUAUGGCCUUUCUCAUCAUGGUCUUGUAACUCCCAUCCAAGUGAUUGGAUGCGACUGUGCAAAUAAGGUAACUGUGGCCCAACAAGAGGCUUGGUCAGUUUUGCCAUCCCGCUAGGCUUAAAAUGAGCGGUCCCACAGGCAGAAGGAGAAGAUCUCACCGCCACCAAGAUAGAAGAGCCAAGAACAGAGGGCGUGCUUUGCAUUCGGGAUCCCUGCAUUGAAAAGCUCUUGGAAUCAGGAGACAGAGAGCUGUAACACUGGAGAUGGUGAAAAGUGGUAGUAGCAGAGACAGGAAACAGCACAGUGGGCUUCCCAGGCAGGAGAGAGAAAAAGCUGAUUGCCUUGGGGCAGGAGGCUUGCUGGCAGAGUAGGGUGCCUCUGGGCAUUUGGUGGAUCUAGGUUUGCUGACCCAGGGAACUAGACCUCAGUGCCUUCAGGCAGAGGCUUACUGGCAGAGUGGGGUGCCUCAGGGCACUUAUGGCCAUGCUAAUAGAGUUUUGUAGCAUUUUUACAAUGGGAAAAUCAGACGUUUGCCUCCUCCCCUCCAUUAAACAUAGAACCCCAGGGUUAAGCAGAGAACGGAGUGAAGGUUUAAAUGUGAAACCAGGACCAAAUCUGUUAACCAGGUUGCUUUUGUUGUAUUCUGCUUGGAGGAAAAAAUAAAUUCCUAGUUAAUAUUAAAGAAGGCAGACUGUCACCACGGGUCUAUCUAGGGUUUACACAGAUUCAGCGCAACAUUCUUAAUUUUAGAAUCAUGACUCUAAAGACACAGCAAGAUACUCAGCUGAGGAAGGAUACACCAAUAUCUGUGUUUCUUCUGGAAACCCUGGUGGUGCAGUGGUUAAGUGCUACGGCUGCUAACCAAAAGGUCGGCAGUUUGAAUCCUCCAGGCAUUCCUUGGAAACUCUAUGGGGCAGUUCUACUCAGUCCUGUAGGGUCGCUAUGAGUCGGAAUCGACUCGAUGGCAGCGGGUUUGGUUUUUGUUUUUGUUUUUGUGGUGUUCCUUCUGUGGCAGAGUGGGUUUUUUUUUCCUCACCUUCCUCGGAUGGGGCAGUAGGUUCAUAUCAAGUUAGGAGCAUAGAAGUGGUCAUUAGUAAGGCAGAAAGACCAGAACUGAGGGGUGUGGCUAUAAGGAAUUGUCAGUAUGGACAAGAGAAAGGUUGUUGGUCUUGCAGAAAUACCAGAGGCCACCCCAGAGAGGAACUUUCCCAGAAUGUUUUCCUGUGGAAGACAGGUCUUCCACCUAUUCUCCUACUGACUUCUGAUUUAUCCAAAACUAGACUGAUUAUUUCUUAUAUUACAGGCUCCUAGCCUGGGUGCCCUUGGCAAUACUUGGCAGCUCACUGGUUAAGUGGCUGCCUUGGAGAGUCAAAAGCAGCUCCAUUUCUUUCAGCCCAGCAGCACACAGUCAUACUUAAAAAGCAAACUCUUUUGCUCAGCUGGCUUUAUUGUUUCCCCUUGGUCCCACUUCCCUUUUAAGAGGGCCUAAUACUGCCUUUCCUCGUUACCUUGGCCUCUGUUCUUGGUUGUAGCCUCUUUGGUUCUUGCCCCUUGUCUGGUCCUUGCCUUUUCUUUUCCUGCUCCUUCUUCGCUGUAGGCUGCGCCCUGGCUCCUGCCUCUUCUCUCCUCUCCUCCUCUCUUGCUGGCUGUCUUCUUUGUUUUUAGUCCCUCUUUCCUUCCUUUUUCUUCCAAGUCAAAGCCUCAAUCUCCUGUCCUUUAUAUUUAUUCUGGGCUUCCAGAAGCUUCCAGGUGGGGGCAGAACCCUGGGGAGGAACCCACCGUGCAGUGACUGCUGAAUAACAGAGGCCUUCUAGUCAUGAAUUUUGUUUUUUUAAAAAAAUGGGUAGAAGGUCAAGGGGAGGGGGAGAGAUGACUAGGUGGAGCACAGGGCAUUUUUAGGACAGUGAAACUAUUCCAUAGGCUACUCUAGUGCUGUCAAAACUCAGAGGACUCUACAAUGCAAAGUGUGAACCCUAAUAUGAACUAUGGACUUUAAUCAAUAACGUUGUUGUUAGUUGCCAUCAAGUCAACUGACGCCUGGUGACCUUAUGUAUAACAGAAUGGAACGCUGCCUGGUCUUGUGCCGUCUUCAUGAUCGUUGGUACCCUCGAGUCCAUUGUUGUGGCUAUAGUAUCAAUCCCGCUUGAACUUGUGGCAGUCUCCUGUUGAUAUAUGGCUGCAGUAGUUUUUUGUUUUUAAUUAUCUUCUUUCUGUUGUACAGCAGUAUUUUGCUAGGAUGUAAUAUUAGUGAUAUUGUUCAACAAUUUCUGCAUUCCAUUUGAUUGGCUUUCUUUGGAAGGAGCACAGAUAUAGAUUUCUGCCAGUCAGUUGACCAGGUAGCUGUCUUCCAAACUCCUUGAUAUAGAUUAAUAAGCACUUCCAGCAUUGCAUCCAUUUAUCGGAGCAUCUCAAUUGAUAUUCUGUCAAUUCUUGGAGCCAUGUUUUUCACCAGUUAUACAAAGUCACUAUGAGUCAGAGCUAAAUCAAUGGCAACUAAGAACAAGAAGAUAAUUGUGGCAUCCUGCUUGUGUCUCUUGAUUAAGGAUAUUUUCUGUACCAUCUUACGGACUUAAGAGACACUUGAAUCCCAUGUUGCAAAGCAUGUGAUAUGAAACUAAGUAAGUGAAUUCUCAUGAUUCAUGUGAUCCCUGGAUUAGAAAUGGGUGGCAAGUCCAGCAAGAGGCUGGAUUUGCAGAUGGGCUGUGGUCUGAGUCAUUUUUAGGGGGAAUACGUGAAACACAAACCCCACUUCUGGUUCUGAUAUAGUGACGGCAGGGCUAGGUUUGCUUCAAGCAGGUCCAAGAGGUGCUACCUCUCAUCUCCGCACCCCUACCAGUUCUUCUGCCCAGAACUGAACCAGAGAAAGGGUGAAGCCAUGGAUGAAACACAAUGGUUUCUAUUUCAUCAGAAGUGACAGAGGGCCAUUGAAACUCCUCCACGAGCUCUGCAAGGAGAUUGGAAGCACUAAGCAACAGGAAAACACUCACCAGACUUGACUGGCAAUAGCUAAUGCCUAAAGUCCACAAGCCUUGUCCACAGCAGAAUCAAAAUCCACUUUCUUCCCAAUACCAUCCUGAAAAAGAAAUGAGUUCCCGUCAACGGCCACCGCCAUCAUUCCGCCCAGCACAAAAACAAAUCAUGUCUCCCCCAAACCAGCAGGCAGGAGACGUCACCAUGCACUUCACUUCACUGAUGCUGAACGAACAGACCACCAGCAUGCCACCAGGAGAGAACAGGAGCCAGCCACCACUAGGAGAAAGUAGGAGACAGCCACCACCAGGAGAGAACAGGAGCCAGCCGUGGGCAAAGUGGACCAAGAGCAUCCUGCACAGCCAGUACGAGGAGAAGGUGCGCCCCUACAUCGACCUCAUUGACUCCCUGUGGACCCUGGGCGUGGAACAGGACCUGGCACUGCCCGCCAUCGUUGUCAUUGGGGACCAGAGCUCCGGAAAGAGCUCGGUACUGGAGGCUCUGUCGGGCGUCGCCCUGCCCAGGGGCAGCGGUAUUACCACCAGGUGUCCUCUGGUGCUGAAAUUGAAAAGGCAGUCGUGUGAGUAUGAGUGGAGGGGAAAACUCAGUUAUCGAGACAAGGAACUCCACCUGCACAGCCCGGAGGAGGUGGAACAGGUUAUACACAAAGCCCAGAAUGCCAUCGCUGGUCAUGGUGUGAGCAUUAGUCACGAGCUCAUUCAUCUGGAGAUCACCUCCCCGGAGGUUCCAGACCUGACCCUCAUUGAUCUUCCUGGCAUCGCCAGGGUGGCCAUGGGAAAUCAGCCCCAGGACAUCGGACUACAGAUCAAGUCGCUCAUCACAAAAUACAUCAAAAGACAGGAGACAAUCAACUUGGUGGUGAUGCCCUGUAACGUGGACAUCGCGACCACGGAGGCACUCAACAUGGCUAAGGAAGUGGACCCUGAUGGAGACAGGACCAUAGGGAUCCUGACCAAACCAGAUCUAGUAGACAAGGGCUUGGAAACAGGAAUCCUGAAUGUGGUGCAGAACCUCACGUACCACCUCAAGAAGGGCUACAUGAUUGUGAGGUGCCGGGGCCAGCAGGAGAUCACCGACAAGCUGAGCUUGGCAGAAGCCACUAAGAGGGAAAUAAACUUCUUCCAAACACAUCGGAAUUUCAGAGUCCUCCUGGAGGAAGGAAGGGCCACGGUGCCCUGUCUGGCCGAGAGACUGACCACGGAGCUCAUGGUGCACAUCAAAAAAUCACUCCCAUUAUUAGGACAGCAAAUCCAGGAGAGCCACCAGAGGGCGACAGAGGAGCUGCGUCAUUAUGGCACCGAGGUCCCAGACAAGGAAACAGAUAAAAUGUUCUUUCUGAUUGAGAAAGUCAAGGUGUUCAAUCGAGAUGUCGAAAAACUAGUAGAAGGAGAAGAAGCUGUCAAGGAGAAUGAGAUACGAUUAUAUAACAAAAUCAGAAUGGAGUUUAAAACCUGGAAUCAUGUACUGGCAGCCAACACCCAAAAAGUAAAAAAUAUAGUUCAUGAAGAAGUCUCAAAAUAUGAGAAUCAGUACCGGGGCAAAGAGCUUCCUGGAUUUAUCAACUACCAGACGUUUGUGGCCAUUGUGCGACAGUAUAUCCAACAGCUGGUAGACCCAGCCCUGAACAUGCUCCAGAAAGUUACUGAAAUUGUCCAGCAGGCUUUCAUUGCUCAGGCCAAAACCAAUUUCAGAGAAUUUCCCAACCUGAAUCAAACGGCCCAGGACCUGAUCGAAAAGAUAAAAAUGAGACAAGUAGAGGCAGCAGAAAAUCUGGUCCAGCUUCAGUUCAGCAUGGAGCAGCUGGUUUUUUGUCAAGAUGAGCUUUACCGUGCGAUUCUGAAGGAAGUCCGAGAACGGAUGUCUAACCCACUGGAAAAUAAUCCACAGCUUUUUCAGAGGAAUCAGUUGAAUGUUUUUGGUGCCAGCGUAACGGAUCCUUCAACUUCCUCUAUUACUGAAAUCGGUGUACACCUGAAUGCGUAUUUCACGGAAACCAGCAGGCGUCUUGCCAACCAGAUCCCGCUCAUAAUUCAGUUCUUCCUGCUCCAAGAGAAUAGCGACUGCCUGCAGAAGUCCAUGAUGCACACAUUACAGGAAAAAGAGGGCUACUCCUGGCUGCUGCAGGAGCAAACGGAGACGGCCACCAAGAGGAGGCUCCUUAAGGAGCGGAUCUACCGGCUGACGCAGGCGCGGUGCACGCUCCGUCAGUUCUCCACUUAGAGGAGACAGCCCGCUGGAGGGCGAUGGUGCUCUUGGGUGCUAUCCUUCUGUGCGCGUCCCUUGCAAGCAGAGCUGGUGCCAGAAGCUGCUUUACGCUGAGGGCCAGACUCUUCUGGUGCCGGCUGCAUCCAUCUUCUCUGUGCUCUACACACAUCAGAACGCUUCUCUGACUUCACCCUGGCAGGAGACCCAUGUACUCAGCUGUCACCUCCUCCAGGAAGUCUUCCCUGACCACCAUGAAGAGGUGGGUGGUCCUGACCUUGGGCCCCCAUAGCACUCAAUUAUGGCAUUCUCGAGUACAACAAUAAUUCUUUGUCAUUUUCCCCCAUCGGAUAAUGAGACCCUGCAGAGGGCAAGGAUAAUAUAUUCCUCUUUUGUAUUUCCAGACUCUAAGAGGCACCUGGCACAUUAAAAAAAAAAAAAAAAAGGAUUCCCUUGGAGUCGACGCCGACUCAUGGCAAUCUCAUGUGUGUCAGAGUAAAACUGUGCUCCACAGAGUUUUCAUGGCUGUGACCUUUUGGAAGCAGAUUGCCAGGCCUUUUUUCUGAGGUGCCUCUGGCUGGAUCCAAACCACCAACCUUUCACCUAGCACGUGUAACUUCUUAAUCAAUGCUAUACCUAGAAAGAGUGAGUGUUGCUGAGUGAGGGAGGUGACCCAAGGCUGUCGCUUCGACCCUGACUUUGGUUGUUCAAAAAAGGUCAGUGGUUUGAAUCUACCAGCCACUCCUUAGAAAUAUCCUUGGGGCAGUUCUACUCUGUCCUUUGGGGUUGCUGUGAGUCCAAAUCACCUCUAUGGCAAUGAGUUUGAGUUAGUUUAUCAGGAGUGGGAGGGAGGGAGAAAGGGGAAGGAGUUUGUGUUAAUGGUGGUGGAAUGGUUUGGAAAAAGAUAGCAAGAAUGGUUGCACAACUUGAAGAAUGUAAUCAGUGUCACUGAACUGUCCGUGUAGAAACUGCUGGAUUGGAGUGUGUUUUCUUAUGUAUAUUUUCGCCACAGUAAACAAUAAUAAUAAAGAGAGAGAGAGCUUCUCACCAGUGAUCAUCUCUAGACUGGAGGGUUGUAGGUGAUUUUAUUUUCUUCAUGCUUUUCUGUAUUUUCCAAGCAAUGAGUAUGAAUUACUUAAUAAAAAGGCAAUACAAUACAUAUUCUUAAAGCGAUUAAUAUCUGUAUUGAGGUCACUGUUGGUUCAGUGGUAGAAUUCUUGCCUCCCAUGUGGGGGACUUGAGUUCCAUUCCAAAUCAAUGCACCCGUCUGUACAUGGAGGCUUGUCUGUGGCUAUGAAGCUCAACAAAUUUCAGGAGAGCUUCCAGACUAAGACUAGGAAGAAAGGCCUGGCAAUCUACUUCAGAAAAUCAGCCAGUGAAAACCGAUGGGUCACAACAGUCCCAUCUUAAAAAGGAUCAUGGUGGGGAUGGUGCAGGACCAGGAAGUGUUUUGUUCAGUUGUACAUGGGGUCGCCAUGAGUGAGAGCCUGACUCCACCACAGGUAACAACUCCAUAACCAAGAGAUGACAUUUUUAAUCUAGUGCUAUUAUGCUGGGGUCUUUGGGCUUCUCCUUACAGGCCACAGGAGGAAUGAGGCAACCUAGAAUAGAAUUUGGAAGUGAGGACUAGGAGAAUUUUGA